UCCCGCUUAUCGCUCUUUGUUUCGUGCACGGUGCGUCGGUGCAUCUCUUAUGAGUUUUAGCCUCUAACCUAUUAUUUCAUUAGUCUAUAGCCUGCCCUGGUGCUCUCUGAGACCACGUUGCCACGACUGUACGACUGACGCCGCAGCGUUUUUUUCCUCACAAUAAGAGGUUAACUUACUCUCUAGUAGGUUUUUGCUGACGCUGAGCUCGAUAUUGACAGCAGCGUCUCGUGUUAUUAACACAAUUAGAGGUUAAAACAUUAUUUAUUGCUGCUGUGUUUUGUUUGUAAUUUGCGCGUUCCUCGCUGGAAACAUCUAAGUGUUUUGGGUGCAAUUUUUAUACAUCGUUAGAUAAUCAUCGUCUGUUGCACUAGCGGUAACUAGAUAAAAUGUCAACGAACUACUUAAACCACAACGUUCCUGGGUACAGCGGUAAUUAUGACCCGCGUCCCAGCGGUGACGACUUGCCUGGAACCAGCAGUGAUGAUGACGACUCGGAGCCAAAUACUUCUAUUACUGAAGAAACCCCCUAUGUCAGUAUAUAUGGCAUGGUAGGUGCUAAGAAUAUCCACCAAGAUGUGGAAAUGUACCGUUCGACAUUGUAUAACUUAAAGACUGAACCCGAAGAGAUUAGAGAAAGACGAAACCAAAUAACCAAUGAAGAUUUCUUACGACGGUGUUUUCUACCAGAUGUAGAGAGCGCGGAGAUACAAUAUAUGAAGUCAUUAGAUGAACCAGUUAAUGAACCAGUUAAUGAACCACAACCAGAAGAAACUACAAAACAAAUUAAAAUAGAACCAGUUGACGAAAUUGAAGAAGAUUCGUUUGAAGAGGAAACUGAACCACUUGAGUAUCUACCUGAGACCUACUCAGAAGCGACAGAAAACUCCUAUCACGUUGACACAACACACCCUAGAGCGCGUGAUUUGGAGAACAUUAGAAUGUUCUUAGAACAGUAUGGGCAACCAGAUGAAAGAGAUAGAGUAAAUUUGCCGCUAGUUAAUAUUCGACCAGAAGUUACGAUUACUGCAAUCAAAAUCGAACCGGUUGACGAAACUCUUGAAGAGGAAACUGAUCAAUCUGAGUAUGAACCUGAGAGUGACUCAGACAUGAUAGAAGAAACCCGUUAUGAGAUGAUCAUAGUUAGAAGAGCUCCAAACAACCCUAGAGCAAAUGAGUUGGAGAACAAUAGGAUGUUCUUAGAGCGGUAUGGAGAACCAGAGGAAAUGGAUGGAUUAAAUAUAGGACAAGCCGAACAACAACCAGCAGAAGAAGCUCCCUCUCCAAUCGACACAACAACUAACCCUAGAGAAAAUGAGCCGGAGAACAAUGGAAUGUUCUUACAGCAGUAUGGAGAACCAGAGGAAAUGGAUGGAUUAAAUAUAGGACAAGCCGAACAACAACCAGCAGAAGAAGCUCCCGCUCCAAUCAACACAACUAACCCCAGAGCAAAUGGGUUGGAUAAUGGAAACACAAAUAUAAUAGAAAACCCAACUGGUGUUCAAAGACGAAAGAGAAAAGAAGUUAACUCUACUCCAACCCGCGUUUCCUCUAGGAUAAAAAAACCUAGAAUAAUGUAUAAUGUUUAAUUAUGAAUAUUCUACUUUUCUCAAUAUAAAUAUAAUAUUUAUAUAAGUUCAUUUUUAAAUAUUACUGUGAUGUUUAGUUUGUUAAACAUAAUUAAAAAUUAUAUUUUAAUACAUUUUUUUUCUAUUUUAUUUUAUAUAACUUUGGCUAAAAGUUAAUAUUUACAGACAUUGUAUAUCAAAUUGCCAUCAAGGGUUUAUUUGUGGUCUUAAUCCACUUUCUUAAAAUGUUUCUAAAAA